GGCUUGUUUGACCAUUCGUCACACCAUGCAAGCUCAAAAGUAAAAGAGAGGAAACUACACGGGACUUGUCCUCCUAUUGGUCGUGGAAACUAUGGAAAAACAUGUUUGAGUGAAAGCAAUCAUAGGUCCCCGUUUUUUAAUCCCCGUAACGGUUUUCACACGAUACAUUCAGAGCACAGUCCUGUGAAGCCAAGGAUUAUUACAGUGGUGAAACCUGGCGGACACACACUCAGAAGGAUAACCUUGCUUCUCAACAGGAGAUCAGUUCAGACCUUUGAACAGCUGAUGGCUGACAUUUCAGAAGCUCUGGGAUUUCCACGCUGGAAGAAUGACCGUGUGAGAAAGCUUUACAAUCUGAGAGGCAGAGAAAUCAGAAGCGUUUCUGACUUCUUCAGGGAAGGUGAUGCAUUCAUAGCUAUGGGGAGGGAGCCCCUCACUUUGAAGAACCUGGAAGUGGUAUUACAAGAACUUUAUCCUGAAAAUCCUUAUGCUGCCAGUGCUGCCGUUCAGCAGAAUGAGGAGCAGUCCCAAAAACUGAAGAGCAGGUUGUAUGACAAGGCUUCGAAAGUGGACAGUGGCUUUGAUGAGACAGAAAUUACCAAGAACUGCAGUGAUGGCAUAUCUCCCAAACUGGUAGCUGGACAUGAAGGAAGAAGUCAAGCCAAGACAAAGCAAGAAGAAAAAAUGAGAACCAAAAAAAAGUGGACUAGAGAGAGCUGGGGUGGUGAACAAGGAGUGAAGCCUUCUAGAAAAACCCGAGAAAGCGAGAGGUACCUUAACCAUGAGAGGAGUCCUGAGGAGGGAUUAGAAGAGAGUUCAGAGGAGGUGGUGAGGUGUGAGAAGUGUGAACAGGAAAGGCAGGCCAGACAAAAGCUACAAAGGGAAAGGCGGGCUGAGGCCUCAUUUGAGAACAGAGACCUGAACAGAGGCUCAUGUCAGAGGUACCAUGUAGAAAGAAACGCAAAAAUCAGGAAUCGCCAAAAGUCUUCAGAAACUUGUCUGGAAGGUGAAGAAGUUGGUUGGAAAGAUAAUGGCUGUAGGAGGACAUGGAAGCCCCUACAUAAGAAUGUUAAUGAAGGGCUGGAGAAGCAAAAAAGGAGCAUUGAGAAGGAAAGGGAUGUGGAGAAACAUGAAAACCAUGGGAAGGAAGUAGUGAAAAUCAAGAAGAAUGCUGUAGAAGGGCUGCAGCUAACUCAUGAAGUGAAGGAAGAGAAUGGAAGUAGCUGCAUAAUGAACCAAAGUGGUUGGCUAAAGAAAGACACUCUGAGGGAUGCUGAGAAACCAUCUAAAACACAUAGGGAGGGCAGAGAGGGACAAAGGGCUAAAGAGGAGGGUGCCAGAAGAGAGGGGAAUAUCAUGCAUAGAGAGAGUGACGUGACACGACGAGAAAAAACAGGGGAGCGCAGAGUGAAUAAAGAAGAAAACAAGGCUCAGGGAUUGGAAAACACAAGCCGGAGGCAUGCCAUUAAAAACAGAACUGAUGUGGAAAAACAGUAUGAGAUUGGCAGAACUAUUGGGGAUGGGAACUUUGCAGUGGUGAAGGAAUGUCGCCACUGCGACUCCAAUCAGAUCUAUGCCAUGAAAAUUGUUGAUAAAUCCAAGCUGAAGGGGAAAGAGGACAUGAUGGAAAGUGAAAUUCUGAUCAUUAGGAGUCUUUCUCAUCCCAAUAUAGUAAGCUUAAUUGAAGUGUAUGAGACAGAAGCUGAGAUCUACCUAAUCCUGGAGUAUGUCCCAGGAGGGGACUUAUUUGAUGCAAUCAUAGAAAGUGUGAAGUUCACAGAGCAUGAUGCGGCUGUCAUGAUCACUGACCUGUGUGAAGCACUGGUUUAUAUUCACAGCAAGAACAUUGUCCACAGGGACCUCAAACCAGAGAAUCUUUUGGUUCAGCAUAAUGCAGAUAAAUCUACUACACUGAAACUAGCAGAUUUUGGCCUUGCAAAGCAGGUUACGAAACCCAUAUUUACUGUGUGUGGAACACCAACGUAUGUUGCCCCUGAAAUACUUGCUGAGAAGGGCUAUGGGCUUGAAGUAGAUAUGUGGGCAGCUGGUGUGAUCCUUUACAUUCUGCUCUGCGGUUUUCCCCCUUUUCGCAGUCAGGAACGUGAUCAAGAAGAGCUGUUCCAGAUCAUACAGCUGGGUCACUAUGAGUUCCUUUCCCCAUACUGGGACAAUAUUUCUGCAGCAGCAAAAGACCUCAUAACCAGGCUGUUGAUAGUGGAUCCCCAGAAGCGCUACACAGCACGACAAGUACUUCAGCACCCUUGGAUCAGAACAGCUGGAAAAACAAACAGCAGAAAUUUGCAGAGGGAAGUGACAAUAAAUAUUGAGCGUCAUUUUCGGGCCCAGCGCCGAAAGGAGGUUGCAGAUGAGGACACAUGAAAUCUCUUCAAGCUCGUUUAGUCUUCUUUUUAUUGAUUAACAAAUAAUUUAUGUUUUCUUUUCUAAAUGAAUUGGGCCUUUAGUGUAUAGCUGUUGCUGGCCAUUGCCAUGCCUUUUUUUUUUUUUGAUUCUGAGAUUCUGAAGAAGGACAGAGAUCAAAUUCGCAUCCACUUCCUUCUGAUGUUACUUAGGAGUCUCUCUGUUGACAGCAGUGAGGACUAGAUAUUUCCUGGAGGGUAUCUAUUAUUUUUCUUUAAAUACUGAUUUGGGCUUUUACAUUACAAAAUGUAUAUCUUUUAGACAACAAAUGUUUGCUUCUGUGGCUGACACUAGUGAUGACUUCUCUUGUCUCUUUUUGUAUGAUACCUUCCAGGAGUUUUGUGUUUAUAAUGUUUUGUGUUUAUAAUGUUUUCAAAAUAGCUGUCUGCAUACACAUCCUGCGCUAAUUCUCUAAACUGUCUUUUCACCAAUUCUUGCUAGCAAUGGAGAAGGUGAAUGAAUAAAAAAAAGCAAAUACAUUCUUUAGGAUAUGUUAAAUAAACAACAAGAUACUAUUUAUUAAGUUGUGAGGGAAGAAAAAUCCUUAUAGACUAAAUCAAAUAUUUUAUGAUAUCUCCCUUGGCAACAUCUUUCAUUGGAUGUUCUCGUGGACAGGACAAUAGACUGUACAACAUUUCUGUUAAACUAUGGUAGUGCUGUGUAGUAUGGUAGUUUCAUUUGUUUAUGAGAAGUGGGAAGAUAGCGUGGCUGAUAGCUUUUCAAGACUAAUAAAAACUUUCAAAGUGCUUUUCUUCCUACUCUGGGAAGUAGGAAGUUAAGCAAUUCUAAGGGAACUUUGGUUCUUUUCCCAAAGGUGUAUUUAUGGAAUGAUAACCCAAGCAUUUUUUCAUACUGAUUUUUUUUCUUAGGAGCCAUCCGUGUGCAUCUGUGACUCUUCCAUGCUGAUGGAGAAGAGAAAGCUGGGAAGCUGCUUUUGUGACUUAAGUUAACCCUUACCUUCAUGGUGCCUUUUUCAUCAGCACACUUCACAGCUGAAUUUUAUACACUUUUUCAGCGUAGUUUAGCAAUCGUUUGGUUUUUUUCCCCUGUUGCCUUCCCUGGGGACUCUUUCUCCUUGCUUCCAUGAGAAUGGGCAAUGGGAUGAAAUUACAUUAAAAUUCAACUCGGGGAAAACAACAACUUGUUGUUGUUGUAUGGAAGGGUCUCCCAGAGGAAGGGUCAGAUGCACAUGUUUUUUAUAAUUUGAUUGGAUGCAGUUUUAAGGAAAUCCUUGGGGGAGGAAAUCCAGUCCUGAGAAGGGCUGUGACCUAGAACAGCUUUUGAAUCUCAGAAUUUUUGGUUAACUAAUCAAAUCCAAAAAGCACUUGAGUUGUCUUGUUUUAUAAUGCUUUGUCCACGAGUUCCAUGUGCUAGUAAAUAAUAUUGAUGUUAAAAUAUCAGUGGUAUUAGUAUUGAAUUCAUAGCUUGUAGAAAUGAAUGAGGGUAUUUUACAAUUGCAGUGCUGCUGCUCUGCCUAUGUAUUUCAUAAUGAGAAAUGUCAGAAGCAUUUCAGAAUCAGUAGAACAUUUUCAAAACUAUAUGAACCAGAAUAUUAUUUUUGGUGAGUGCUAAUAUUUUGUGUGAACUUUCUGAAUUACCAAAAACCGUGGGGUACUGUCACCAUGUUUCUGUUUCAACUUGUGACAGUUUUGCUGCAAGAAUGAUGUAUGAAAGUAGAGAUGAUUGGCUUUUAAAGGAGAAUUGCACUUUGAAUUGAACUGGCUUAUUUUUAAUACAUAUUGGAAUAAGACUUGCUGUGGAAUUCAAGAAUUUGUGAAACAAACCAGUCAAAUCUUUACUGUAUGCCCAAGUACUAUGUAUAUGAUAUGUCAUACCUCUGCUUUAGGGGCCCUGGGUCAGGAAGACUUUCCCUUUUCCUGAAAACAAGAAUGGAUUUAAGCGCUUUCCUGAGUUAAGCCUAUGUGUAACCUCAUAUUCUAAAUGCAUUAUGUGGUCUUUGAGUACUAGUAAUAACUUCGCCUCUAUUAGUUUAAGUCUAUUGCGGAUAGGAAGCUGUGGAAAAAUAGCUUCUGACUUGUAAUAUUAUAUAUUGUAAUUAUCUUAUUUUUAAUAUAG